UGGAUUUCAUUUAACCCUAUAAUAUAUACGGUGUACAAGGUUUCCUCUAGGAAGAACAUUCGUCUCUCUCUCUCUCUCUCUAGAAAAUAAGAAAGACACUUUCGGAAAAUUCCAAACUUUCAAACCGCCAUCUUAGAUAUCAAUCCCCACCCUCUGUCUCUCUGAUUAAAUAGGAAACCCUCAAGAAGAGGGUCACAGUCCGACUCCGAGCCCCAAUAUCGUAACCCCGGAAUCACCGGCAAAUCGAGUGUGGUUUCACUGUGAUCUGGGGGAGAGUGGGUCUAAAUGCAAGUGAGAUGAACUGUCACAAGUUCCAAGUCUUCGACUCCGUUCCUGCUUGAGUGUGGUAACUAAAAGAGUGCGAUUCUCUCAUGGCAAAGCGCGUGUACGAAACCUGGAAAGGAAGUAAUAAGUUUAUCCUUGGUGGGAGGUUGAUAUUUGGACCAGAUGCUAGAUCACUUCUUGUUACGAUAUUGCUCCUUAUUGUCCCACUUGUCAUAUUUUGUGUAUUUGUUGCAAGGCAUCUUCGGCAUGAAUUUUCACCAUAUAAUGUGGGAUAUACGAUUCUGGUGGUAGCAGUUGUUUUUAUCAUCCACGUCUUGGUGCUUCUUUAUCUCACUUCAGCCCGCGACCCGGGUAUUAUUCCACGUAAUUCACAUCCACCUGAGGAAGAGUUUCGUUAUGACUCUUCAGUGUCAGCUGAUGUUGGGGGAAGACAAACACCAAGUCUUCAGUUCCCGCGAACAAAAGAAGUAUUGGUCAAUGGCCUUCCUGUGAGGGUGAAGUAUUGCGAUACUUGUAUGCUAUACCGACCUCCUCGUUGUUCCCAUUGUUCCAUUUGCAAUAACUGUGUUGAGCGUUUUGAUCACCAUUGCCCUUGGGUUGGCCAAUGCAUUGGUCUGCGCAAUUAUCGAUACUUCUUUAUGUUUGUUUCUUCAGCAACUCUUCUUUGCAUCUACGUGUUUGCCAUGUCAGCUCUGUACAUCAAGGUUCUGAUGGAUCGUGAUAAUGUGGGCACAGUUUGGAAAGCAAUGAAAGAAUCACCUGCAUCUGUGAUACUAAUGGCCUAUUGUUUCAUUUGUCUGUGGUUUGUUGGUGGACUUACUGGCUUCCAUUCGUACCUUAUAGGCACAAACCAGACCACCUAUGAAAAUUUUCGGUACAGAGCCGACAACAGGAUCAAUGUCUAUGAUCGGGGUUGUUUGAAUAAUUUUCUCGAGGUAUUUUGCACGGCAGUGAAGCCCUCAAAGAACAACUUCCGGGCUUUUGUUCAAGAGGAGGUACAAAGGCCUCCCCAUUCACCUGCACCUCGGGAAGGAGUAACAGCAGAUGAUUUAGGUGUGGAUCCACGUAGAAAGGUAGAAGAUGAUCUUGAGAUUGGCGAAGACUUAUUGAAGAUCUCCCAGCGUCGUAAUAUCGACGAACUUGAUGAGGACAUUCGCAGCAGAGGGAGCAGCGUACCUCCCCAUAAUACAUCAGAUGCUGAUUCCGUUUUUGGCUCAGAUCAUCGAGCUCCUACCAUUCGUUCUGAUGCUCGUCACUCGAGUUGGGGAAGAAGAAGCGGGAGCUGGGAAAUUGCGCAAGAGGUCUUCACAAACUCCAAUGUAACUGAAAGCAGAAGCCAUGUUACUCCAAAGGAAGCACGUCAGUGAGAUAGGGUAAUUGUUCAUUUGAUUUUAGCAUGAUAGCCACUUGGGUGAUUUGUGAUUACGUUGAUGUUCUUUUCCCUGUUUGGGAUGAAGCUGAGAUUGAUGAGAAAUUUACAAUUUUGCCAAGGGGACUCCAAUUUACUCACCUUUCAGGUAUAAACCUUCGAUCUAUUUCUUUUUUUCUGGGAAUGCUAGCUUUACUGUUUUAAGAAAGCAUAGAAAUGUGUGUAAUAGUUUGAGAGAUGAGGAGAUAGUGUCUUUUGCCACUUUCCCUUUAUUCUUUUGUUGUUAUAUAUGGAUAUUAUGUAC